AUAUGAUAGAUUAACCUAAUCCGCACCCCUAACAUGUCCUAUCAAGUUGAAUGAGGAAAAUCCUGUUACCUAUUUUGUGGGUCAAGUUGUUUAUUAAGGAAAAUCCUCUACCAGUAUUUUCCUCCUAGUUUAUUAUAAAUAGCGGUUGAGUUUUCGGGAUAUAAUUUCGAAUAGCAGCAUAUCUUGUAGUAGAAGAAUCUUGUUACAGAAGAGAAUGGCAACAAUCGAAUGCUGGAAUUUAGCGAAACUGAAUAAUAAACCAGGGGUUAUAAUCGAUUGCGAGGGGUUCCAAUUUAAAAAUGAGCCCCUCUUACAACCGUACAACGGUUUUUUAACCAGGCAGAUUGGGUAUGUGGGGUUUAAUUGCGAGGAUUUUGGGAUUCUUAAUUUUUUCCAUCCCGACAUACAAUGGAAAAAAUUAACCCCCGGUGAUAAAAAAACCGUGAGGUUUUGUAACGGCUUACAUAAGCUGUAUUUGGCAUACCGCCAUCAAAAUGAUGGCAAUCAGUGGAUACAACAUGAAAAUGUUGUAUCCACCGUCCAAAAAUUUUUCAAAAAUUACGGUUUCAUUUUUUUUAAAGGCGGGCAAAUUGAAAAAUGCCUAAUUAGGAGGGGGAGCGAUCGCGUUUUUAAAAUUGACGCGUUAGAUGUAGAAAAAUACGGGGUACCAAAAUCCUCGGAAAUAAAAAUCCCGUGUCCUUAUCACCAAGAAUUCAUCCCACACUGCUCAUUAUGUGAUUGUUUUUCAUACAAGUAUUUUAUGAAAACAGAAUUGUCGGACAUAUUCUGAAAAUCGUGGAGGAGGAAAUGUAAAUUUUGUAAAAUAAAAGCACAAUUUUUAUAUUUUAAAUAGAUUGUUUUAUUGAAUUACAACACUGGUUAUUGGUUAUUACAAUCGGUUUUGAUAAAUGAAAAUUAUUUUUUACAAAAUUUUUAACAAAUUCAUCAUUAUAAAAUUUAUCUGUUACAUGCAAUUCUGAUAAACAUAGAUUUCUAUUAAUUUUAUAUAAAAAAUAUAAGCAGAAAUAACCACAGUUUAAGGAAAACAAACUUUGAUGAAUAAUAUUAUUCCAACAAUAUUUUUUUGAAUUUCGUUUUAUAAAUCUGA